CUACCAUGGCAACAGAACGCCGCGUGCAGCAGAUACGUUCGUCUUGUUGAAACAUUUCGCUUGUUGCUUGAAACUCGCCUAAACAUAAAAGUAAACGAAGAAAAUAGACGGACGCUUUGAGGAAGAUGUUUGGAAAGAUGAGAAGAGGUCGAGAGUUUAAUGGACCGACUCCUCAUUCAACAGCUGUGAUAGCCAAGAUGCCCCUGUCCAGACCCCCCAACUACCAGUUCCUGCAGGAACGGAGAAGAGAGGCAGUUCGGGGCCAGUUACUGGACUACAAAAAGGACAUUGGGAACUGCGACGUCAAAACUUCCUUGUUUGAGAGCAGCAAACAUCACUAUGUGAGAAAAGCUGUGGAGAGGCGAGUGGGAGCUGAUCGACAGCAGCACCAAGCCCAGAUCAACCAACGCAGAUGCAGGUUCAAGCAAACGCUGGAGACGGAGAAGGAGCAGCUCCUGCAGGAGAUGAAGGACAAGAUGAAGGAGAUGAAAACGGAGCGACUGAGCGGGAUGCAGGAGAGACUUCAGUUCCUCCAAGAGAGGAGUGAGCGUGAGAGGCUUCAGCAGGUUACAGAGAAGCUGGAACAGCUGUUCAGGGAGCAAGACCACGAGACUCGCAGUGCCCUGAGCCGGCGCCAUGAGCAGCAGGUGUGUCAGGAACGUGCUGUUCAGAUGAGGACCCAACAGGAGGAGGAGCGGCGCCAGCGGGAGGAGGAUAGGUGGAUAGAGGAGCUUUUGGAAGACGAUCAACAUACCAGAGACAAACUGGACCAUCUGAGUGUUCAGCUCCGGCACCAGAGAGUCGCUGAGCAACAGCAGGAGCUGAGGAGGCAGAUGGAGGAGAAGGAAAAGCUGAGGCAGGAGGAGAAGGAGCUGAAAGAGGAAGAGGCCCGGCUCCUGCGGCAGCAGAAUCAGGACCUGCUCCUGGAGGACCAGAGACACCAGCAGCUGAAGCUUCAGGAGCAGCAGAACCACAGCCGGCAGCUGGAGCGGGACAUCCGCAGCAAAAUGAGGCGACGGGUCCGGGAGCAGCAGGAGGAGCUGCAGCUGGACAUGAGCAUCCUGCAGGACCAGACCCAACAGACUGUGGACCUGAGACAGGAAGCUGCCGAGAGGAAGGUGGAGCUACGUGAGGAGCAGCAGCGAUACCUGCAGUACCUGUCCGAGGUCCGGCAGAGACAGAAUGCAGAGGAGGAGGAGUGGAAGCAGCUGAUGGAGGAAAAGCAUCAGGAGAUCCUAACCAAACAGAACCAGCAAAGACACCGGCACCAACAGGCCAGGAACCACCUGGUGGAGGAGGUGAUGGAGGCCCGGCACCUGCAGGUCCAAAACAGAUUGAACAAUAACCUGGAGAAAAAAGCUGAGUUGCAGAAGGAGAAGGAAGCUCUAUUUCAAGCCAUUGAGGAGGAGAAACUGAAGCAGGAGGAAGAGAAAAGAAGCAGGAGACAGGCAACAUUGGCGUACCGGGCUGACCUGGAGGCUCAGGUCAAGGAGAAGCAGCACCUUCAUGGCGAGCAGCGAGCUCAAACCCUCAGGGAGGAUCAGCAGGGACUGAUCCAGGAACAGCUCAUCAAAUGCAGGAGGGACCAGAUCCUGGCCCGGCCCGAGUCCAACACCCUCUCCCAUCCUUUCAGGAGGACACUGAGAUCUGCAAAUAUCAUGAAUCCGUGACACUAAGGAAUAUUUUUCAGAAUCCUUCCAUUUACGAUCAUUUUACUCGUCUGUAUAUCCAGAAGGCUUUUUCCACAUGUUACUGCAUUAUUCCAAAAUGGACACAAAUCAUUCAUUCUCCUUAAAAUUGUACACACAACACCCCAUAAAGGCAACGUAAAAAGACUCAGAGAACAGGUCUGGUUUCCCCACUGUCCAAUGAUCAGAAGUGUCCCUGAGCCUGGACGUCCACUACCAGUGUAUCUGAAUGAGUAACUGUUUUAAAAAGAUUAUGAAGUUGUUUGAAAAAACAUCUAAACCUUGUUAUUGUCCAUUUAUAGAAGAAAAAUGCAGAAAUGUAUUUUAAAUUUACAGUUUUUAUAUGUGUGAACCUAAAUUAUGGUUAACGGGUUUGUUACAAACACAUUUGAUUUGCGUGUUGUAUUUUUACCUAUUUACAUUUCAGUGUGUGUAAGCUAGCAUCUGCUGGUUUUCGCCUAGUUUUUAAGACGUUACUGUUGCUGCAAAACUGUCCUUUUUGCUUUUUUCAGCCUCUGUCAGCUUUUAGCCUGACUGUCGGCAUAAAGAGUGUGAAUCCAUGUGUCUGGAUUAUGAUGGCCUUAAAGGGACAUUGUGUAGUUUUUAUCAAUAAUCUCUGGAAACAUCCAUAAUAAUGUUGUUGAAAAUGAAUUAACUGAUGACCAGUUGUUGAAAAAUAUUGGAGGCUUCAUAACAUAACCAUAAAAAUCAGGUCUAAAAAACAUGGGAGCAGGUCUAAGAGUGUUUCUCAAUGUCAAGGCGCCUGGCCUUGCGAGGCGAUGUCUUGCGAGGCCGAGGCCUUGCUUAUGAGGACACUGUCCUUCCUUGGUCAAAGAAAACGGUUAAAUGGAACAGACUGCAGCUUCCACGGCGGUCACGUAACAUCACGUGACACGGGAGAUAAGGUUAUAUUUUAUGUGUAUUAGUUUCAAUAUAAAUAUAUAACGAGUUACUUUUUAAACUGCGUAUGUGUUUGUUAAAUUAAAUAUAUAAGUGAGUUACUACCCGCUAGCCACCGAAGCUGCAUCUACUAAGCAACUAACCAACCUUAGAUAACUUUUUUGGAUCUAAAAAAAAAGAACAUUUUAAAGUAGCUGACUUACUUUUAAACUUGAAAUUUGCCAAAGAAGUAGCUGCUGGCUUCCGAUCCUCCAUCCUUUUGAAAAUACCGCACUGUAUUCUGGGAAUUUUUUUACCAAGGCUAGGCUACAAGACACCUCCCGUGCAUCCUUGCGCAGCUAGCUAAACAGCUAACAAACGGAGAACACACUCCUCGGUAGAACAUGAACAUUGGAACACGUCUUGGCGGCUCCUGAUGACGUAUCUCCUAGGCAACUGGGGUGGGGCCAAGGCAUCAAGACGAGGUUCCCAGGCAUUGAUAAACACCCUGAAACUCUGGGCGGCGCCAUAUUAGAUGCCAUGUUUCCUUCUACGAGAGCCCUUGAGGAUAAAAUGUAUUUACUGAUUUGUAACAAACGAUUGGAAGACUUUCACCAUUCAUCAACGUGGUUUUUUACACAUUUACCUCUUCACUAGUUGCAAGUGAUGAAAGGGAGUCUGACGUGGUUGUUGUUGUUCUGAAGUUUGCACUCCCCGGGGCAUUUUGACCCUAAUGGGCAUCCGUUACAAGGUUUUACUCCAACACAAAAAUACAGCUUGCUUGCAACAAUUUAGGGAUCUACUGCCCCCUAUCGCCAGGAAAAAUACACACUGUCACUUUAAAGUUACAGCAGUGAAAUUACUUCUCUGUUAAAUUAAUAUUGUGUUUAUUGAUUUGUGACAUGUUGUUCUGAAUCCUCUACUUACACCAAACAUGUCAUCAUGGACAUUUUCUAAAUUGUCACAAGGAAAUAAUUCCCAUCUUCAUUUUUUUGCAUAUUGAGAAUAAAAUGAUUAAAAAAGAAUAAUGACUUUUAUUGUAAGGCUGCUCAUAAUACCGCAAAUAUACUGUCAUAAAUAGUAUAAAUAUUGCACAGGACAGUUAGGACUUCUGUAAAUCUGAGAGGAGAGAGAAAAGUGGACUCAUCAUAACUCAUCCUCAUCACAAUAGGCACUGAUAAUAUUCUAAUCUCAUGCUUUUCUCACAUUUGCAUACAGAUUUUUAAUGAAAUGGUUUAUCAAAUAUGGUCACACACACACGGGUGUGAACCAGGAAGUCAAUGAUUUAAACACUGAAAACUACGUGGUAAUAUUUAGCAAUUAAAUAUUUAUUUAUAUGAAUCAAAAGAAAGCGACCAGCCUUAAAACAGGCUCUUUAGUAGCAUUUACCUCCUUUUUGGGACACACCGGUGAUGAUUUUUACCUGUUACAAAAGAGACGAGACAAACAAAAUGU